CCCAAAGUCGACUUGCAUAUCCCUAAGAGCGUGAAUUUUUUAGUGAACAGAGAAAGAAAAGAAUAAUUAAAUGCAUUAAAUAAAUUAAAUUCCAAGAAUAAUGUCUUAAAAAUUCCGUAAUAAUAUUUAUUUAAUUCAUACCGGAUACAUAAUCUCGCUUCUGCCGUUAAGCGUUUAAAUAAAUCCCACAUUCCCUUUGACAAUUUUUACACACAGAGAAAAUUUUUAUGUGAGAGAGAGUGCAAAAAAAGAAGAAAAAGAAUUGACAUGAUUUUUUACAAAUGAAAUUUAAGAAUGCAAUGUGUGUACUGCUCUGAUUCUAUUGUUUUUUCCAAUUGUAUGGCAAGAUAGAUAAUAAAAACAAUAACAAUUCACAGGACGUGGUCCGUAUUAGAAAAUAUAUAGUCAACUGCCAAUAGCAAAACGAAAAAAAAGAAGACCAUCAAUUAGGGAGGGACGUACGGGAAAGGCAACGGAAGAAAGAAAAAAGCGAAGGUGUUGAUUUCGAUUCGGCUGGCUGUCACAAAAUCUCAAAUCUAUUGAACCCACCCUACCCUUGCAAAGCAAAAAAGGAGAAGAGAAGACAAAAAAAAAAGAUAUAGUGCAGCAAAUGUACGGCAAACAACGAAAAGAAAAAACAAUGAAACAGCUUGCCAAGAACAAGUAGUAGUAGUAACUUAAUUCUCAAAUUAAGAAAAUAAAUAAAAGUAAAUGAACAUGUGUGCCUUCUUUGUAGGAAUCGAUUGACUAGAAGAAAAAUGUAUGCAAAUGAAAACUAAGGCUGUUUGCUGCGCAUAAAUGUGGUAUUGUUGUUGUAUUGUUCUUCUUCUUGCGUGUAUGCGGACAUGAAACAAGUCAUCACCGACAUCAUCAUCAGUAAAACUCGAUGAUAUAUUCCAUAUUUUGUAAUUUUUAUGUUCCAUAGAAUCGAUGAAGCCAACCAUAUUGGCUGCUACUGCCUGUCGAAUGACAAUACAAUUGCAUUGUUGUAGAAAUACGAAACAACAUCCAAAUAAGGUUGAAAAUAUAUUCUCUAUAACUAAUAAAUGAAAAAAAGAACACAACAGUAAGUGCCAGUGAGAAAUCGUGCAAAAAGUCUCCAAUCAGCCAAUAAAUCAUACAAACAUAUUAACGACAAAAAAAAAACCAAACGCUAUUGAGGAGUUCACAAAACGGCCAACACCAAAAAAAAAAACAAAAACCGAAAACAACAAUCGUUACCAAAAAACCUGUGUCUCUUCUCAUUGUGUGUUAGUUUGUUUCUAUGUAUGUUGCUUGCGAUCCUUCAACGUUUUGGCAAAAUAUAAUAACAACAAAAACAUUAUAUCUAUCAACGACUAAUUCGUAGAAUUGAAAUCUAUCUGCCUGACUUGGAGCUAAAGCUUUAAAUAAAAGUGAAAAGGCCGCCGCAAAGUUAAUCCAUCAACAAUCAAUAUUUCAACAACAAUGGAUAGCUCGAGUGCCGUUGGACGGCGCCGUGUUAAUUCUCGGGUAAAUGCCGAGGAUCAGGCAUUAGAUCAAAUUGCUAAAGAGGCUGAAGCAAGAUUGGCGGCUCGUAGACAGGCCCGUGCCGAGGCACGUGAAAUUCGAAUGCGAGAACUGGAAAGGCAACAACAGCAACAGGAGUUAAAUGCCGAUCGGGUAUUCGAUCUGCAUACCACAGCAUCGGGCAUAGAUCCAUUGUCUCGGACAAGACUGGGAAUGGGCAGUGCAUCACCGGCAAUCAGUGGCUUAUUGAACUCUUCACGAGUUGGUAACUCAAUGUCUUCAAGACGCAGCAGUGAAGAUUCCCUCGAAGAGGAAGGUCGCAGUUUAAGAGACAUACGCCACGAACUGAAGGAUGUGGAGGAACGAUUUCGCAAGGCCAUGAUAGCAAAUGCCCAGUUGGAUAACGAGCGUGCAUCACAGACGUAUCAAAUUCAGUUGUUAAAAGACAAAUUGGAAGAUAUCGAAGAAUCGUAUGCCCAGUUACAGCGUGAAUUCAAAGAAAAAUCACGUGAAUGCAAUGCCCUGAAACGGUCGUUGGAUAAAUUAACGGAAGAAUUGAAACUGGUGCAGGGUCAGCUAAACGAACGGGAUACACUGAUUGAGGAACAAGGCCUUGUCAUUGUGGCCGUUGAAAACGAGGAUGGCACAGAUGCCAAACGUGCUCUAGUCAGCGUAGAAAAUGCACAAUUGUUAGGAUCUGUUCAGGGUUCUUUAGAUGUACGACUUAAAAAAUUCACCGAAGAAAAACAGCAGUUACAAUCCGAAGUACAACAAUUGCAAGAGCAAUUGGAAACGUACAAAAGUCAAGGCAAAGGUCGGGGUAGGGGAAACUCUCUAAACGGGCCAUUGGGUUCAGAUGAUGAUGAUUAUGAAGCUCAGAGGGAAGCCAACAAAAUAAUCUUAGAUUACAAAUAUAAACUGCAAAAGGCCGAACAAGAAAUCGCUAGUCUACAAUCAAGUUUAGCUCGUUCCGAAACUCAAGUUAUACGAUAUAAGAGUACAGCCGAGGCAGCUGAGAAAGCAGAAGCUGAACUGAAAAUUGAGAGAAGGAAACUGCAAAGAGAGAAUCGAGAGGCCAUGGAAAAACUUGAGGAGCUGGAAACGUCAAAUAAUCAUUUGAUCAAGCGUUUAGAUAAGUUAAAGAAUGCCAAGAGUGCUCUUUUAAAGGAUCUUUGACCAUUGUAUGGAUAUGAACGUAUGUCUCAAAUAAAUGAUACGUCGCCGCAGCCGCCUAGCAAGGUUGACAUUGAGGAUUCAGGAACAAAAUCUUAUACAUCACCAAAGCAGCCACACAGUAGUUAUAAUGCCAAUGAUGAUGAUGAUGAUAGCAGCAAUAAUGGUACUACGAAAAUCAAUGGCAGUAGUCAUCACAACAAUGCCAAUGGCCAUUGAAUUGAUUGAUGGCCAACGACGAUGAUGAUGAUGGUGAGGGGCCUACGUCGUGAUUUCAUUUCAUUUUCGUUGCAUAUAUGUUUGUUAUGCUGUUGUGUUGUUGCUAUGCUUGAGAUCCGUGUCAGUCAGUCAGUCAAGUCAAACAGUUAGUUAUGCAUAUUUUUUUAAUUAACAAAAAUAGAAAUUAAAACAGACUCUUCCAAACUCUAUUAAAAAAACACACACACAGACAGAGACAAACAACUAAAGAAACGUCUAAUUAAUAAGAAGUAAAAAAAAGUAAAAACUCUCUUUAAUAUAUAAAUAUAUAUUUAUAUAAUAUAUACCAAUCCAUACCACAUAGACACCACACAAACAAAAUUUGCUGCACCGCGCUCUCUCUCUAUCUCUGUAUGCGAUAAAUAAAUAUUAUUAUUAUUACCUAUGUAUGUAUAUUUGUAUACAUUUAUUAUGUUUAUAUAUAAUACAUUGUAUUUGUAGUCCAAACAAGAAACAAAACAAAAAAUUAUAACAUUUUUUUAAUUAAUAUUUUAUUUGUUGAAAUAUUUAUUUUAUUUUUAACCUGAAGUAAAACAAAACAAAAACUAGAAUUUAUUACUUAAAAAAAAAUUAAUAAUAAAAACCCAACAAAAAAGUCGUCAAUCAAAAAUCAAGUAACUAACAAAAAUGUGCGCCAACAACAACAAAUAUUAUUUUAAUGUUGUUGGUAGGGCGAUUUAACAAAAAAAAAAAACACAAACACAAAAAUGCCAUGAAUAAUAAAUAAACCCAAUAGUUGUUUUGUAAGCAGAACUCUUUUUUUUACAAAUCUAACAAAAUGCCAAUCAUCGCCCUUCCCCUCAAUCCAUAACAGUAACUCUUCAUCCCUUAGGUCCUAAUUUUUCUCCUGCAAUAUUUCAACAUAUUAUUUAGACACAUUUUUUAAUCUCUCUCUUUUUUUUACAAAAUUGUAAAGUACUUAAAAAGACUUAGACGAAAAAAGAAAACUGUUAGCAUAUAACUCCUCUACACCUAUUAAUCUCCAAAUUCCAAAAAUCUUAAAAUCUCCAUAGUAGAACUAUCAAUUGUCAUUGUAAUAUUAUUUUCAUUAUCUUGCCAUUAACAUUUGUUUUUUUUUUUUU